AUGGCCAACCGCACUGAUCCCUUAGCCCAUUGCAUCCAUGGAACAAACCCGCAAUUCCUAGUUAGCAAAAUAAUCAGAGACAAGAUCUAUAAUUCUACUUAUUGGAAAGAGAGUUGUUUUGGCCUAACGGCUGAAUCUCUGAUAGAUCGUGCUGUUGAACUCAAAUACGUUGGUUCUACAAUUACAGGCAGUAGACAAGUUUCUCCUUUCAUUUGUUUAGUACUCAAGCUUCUACAGAUACAACCGGAGAUUGAAAUAGUGUUGGAAUAUAUACGGAACAAUGACUACAAGUACCUACGAGUUCUGGGGGCCUAUUAUCUACGGCUUGUAGGAAAUUCGCCUGAAAUUUACUUAAAUCUGGAACCUCUGCUGGCAGAUUAUCGCAAAAUUAGAAUCCAAGAUUCCAAUGCCAAAAUCACCAUAACCCAUAUUGACGAGUUUAUCGACCGGUGUCUUAGAGAUAAUACAGUGUUGGAUAUAGACCUCCCUCCCCUCACUAGAAGGGAAGUUUUGGAGGAAUCCAAACUCUUGCUGGGUCCAAGAAAAAGCCCCUUGGAUGCUGAGCUGGGCUUGAACUCCCUGUGCGAUUAG